GGCAGUGGUGGGGUGGGGGAGCUGACUGGCUGGCCCGUGAACAGCUGGAGUGGGACAGUCAGCUAAUCGCAGAUCGCAGCAGCAGGCAGCAGGGAAAUUGGUUGACAGGCAGCACCUUUGCGUAGCUCGAUUCUCGGGGUGAUUUAGCGCCGUCGCUCGAGUCGUCGAGCCAGUCAGCUGGCCUCCAUGUUGUAAAACAGCCUUGAGCUUGGCAAGACGCAAAUACACACGGGAGUGAGAGAGCAGCCUUCCUGGUCGAAAGCCCAGUCGGGACAGCAGCGGGAAAAUGUCGUCGCCGAGCGCUGGAAAGCGUCGCAUGGACACGGACGUGAUCAAGUUGAUCGAGAGCAAGCAUGAGGUCACCAUCCUCGGAGGGCUCAACGAAUUCUGCGUCAAGUUCUACGGAACCAGGGGCACUCCGUACGAGGGCGGAGUGUGGAAGGUCAGGGUGCACCUGCCAGAGCAGUACCCCUUCAAGUCGCCCUCGAUCGGCUUCAUGAACAAGGUGUACCACCCGAACAUCGACGAAGUGUCUGGGACGGUGUGCCUGGACGUGAUCAACCAGGCGUGGACGGCGCUGUACGACCUGUCCAACAUCUUCGAGUCGUUCCUGCCGCAGCUGCUGACCUACCCAAACCCAAUAGACCCGCUGAACGGCGACGCGGCUGCCAUGUACCUGCACAAGCCAGACGACUACAAAAAGAAGGUGCAGGAGUACGUGCGCAAGUACGCGACCGAGGAGGCGCUGCGCGAGCAGGAGCAGAAGGCGGUCAGCUCGGACAGCGAGUCGUCGCUGUCCGACUUUAGCGAGGACGAGGCGCAGGACAUGGAGUUGUAGCCGAUCGUGAUCCUCCCCAGCAGCCCCGCCGCCGCGGACUUGUUCCAGUGCCCGACGAACUGAUCUCCCCCCCACUCUCACACACCACCACCACCACAAACCACCACCAAACAACCAAUCUCGUCUGGAUGAAUUAAUUAUAAUUGCGCGUGUGAACAAGGCCAGGACCAGAACCGCACCUCGGCCGCUAAAGUGAAAUAAAAAUAUAUUUACAAACAAACAAACAAACAACGGCUGACACGGAAGCACUGCAACUUCAGCCCCUGGACAGAUGGCGCCACCGUCUGGCUCUCGAACCCAAAAAUGCGGUGGUGCCGGUUUUCGCAUCUCGUCUAUGUUUUCGGAUCUUGUCAAAAUUAUUCAAUGUCGAUGCGAGUUCAACAGUCUUUCCGAUUUCCAGUCAGACAGUGUCCGUUCUGUCAGCCCGAGGGAAAUACACCGACACACAAAUUGUAAAUAGCAUGGUUUUUAUUACAUCAAAUUGAUCUAUUCUAUAUUCGGAACUCGCAUAGCUUUUACGGUGAUAGAGAGCUCUUGUCGCGAAAGACACAAGAGGUGAGAAUGAAAGGAAUAUUAUCAAACCAACAAUUCGCCACUCUUGCUUUGCACGUCCGCCAGCCCGUUCGACUCGAUUAUUCAGAGUCAUUCUCUCGUGUUUUGUCGUGGAUGUCUCAAAUCUAAAAUGAAUCGAAGCAAAAAGAAAAAAGCUAACGCGUAGAGGAGCAAAUAAAUAAUGUUUAUAUUUUGUAAAAGUGAGAAAGAGUUAGGCAAACUAGCGCAGUAACGAUUUUAAUUAAUGUUGUGUGCUGGCCCAUGGAAAUAACGACGAAUUUAUUUGAGAAAAUUCUAAGAAUUUAAAACAAAACGAUGAAAAAUUUCUUGUGAAUUAGGCUUUAGGACAAAUAUAUAUUGAUAUUUUAUUUUUCAUUUAUUCCUGCAAAAGAUUUGCGUAAAUUCGUGAUGACACGUAUUUUAUUUUCUCUCAACUUGGUUGGUCUGGAGAUGGAAGAUGACACAAGCUUUAAUUAGAUUUAAUUUCGAUUUUUCGUCCCCCACAAAUCGUGGCGAGCUCGAUUUUUGUACACGGCCCACAACACUAAAUUACUUUUAGUUGAGUUUCAUUCUAUCCAUGAUAUGAAUUAACACAUUAUAUAUAAUAAUUAUUAUUAUCUUUGUGCCCGCAGUGUAUAAGUCGUGGAGCGAAACAAAUACUUUGUUUUAUAUCAAAUAAAAAUCAAUGGAAAAGCCAAUAAACACGUAAUAAAACUAAUAAAA